UCCAUGUCUGAGUUGGACUGGUUUCUUCCUUCUCCUUCUCCCUCUCCCUUUCUCCAGUGCGACUAUGAAGAAUGGAGUGCAACUCGGGUGCUCAUUCCAGCUAUUUACCUCCUAGCCUUCAUCAUUGGCACGUUCGGUAAUGCCUUUGUGCUCUGGGCCUACUUAAAUUGCUGUAGGAAUCUUGGGAGUCGCUCUAAAUCGAAAUCUUCCGUCAGUCCACCCUCCUCUUAUUCGCGUUCUGUUACAGAAUCUCUGAUCACCAGUUUGGCUGUGGCUGACCUUGCCUUUGUUACUACUCUCCCACUGUGGGCGGCCUACACAGCCUUGGACUAUCACUGGCCGUUCGGUAGACUGCUUUGCCAAGCAAGCAGCUACCUGGUGGCACUGAACAUGUACGCCAGUGUGUUUUCUCUUGCUGGACUCAGUGUCGAGCGGUACUAUGUCAUAAGGCGGCGUAGUACCAGCAACAACCAAGCACCAGUUAGAGCCUGGUGCAUAGUCGGGGCAGUAUGGGGGGCAGCAAUAGUCCUGGCACUUCCCGCCCUCCUUCUACGAACUGUCCGAGAAGUGGAGGCAGAGCCGAAUUGGCAGGAGGACGAGGAUAGCAAGAAAAGUGGCACACAGUGCUUAUGCGACAUGGACUACUCCGUUCUGGUCUCUCCAGACCUUGACCCUGAAUCUCGAGAGCGAGCCGAGCUCAUGUGGUCAGCGCUGCUUGGUUUGAAGUCCACUGUCCUGGGAUUCCUUCUACCUCUUGUCGUGCUCCUGCUUUGCUACUGCUCCCUGGCACACUUCCUUUCCCACCACUUCAGUCUCGGGCCUCGUCCCGAUAGACAGCGCCAGCGUAAGCUCCUGCGUAUUGUCGUCGCCCUGGUGCUGGCUUUUUUUAUCUGCUGGCUACCCUUCCACGCGAAUAAAACCCUGUCAGCCUUGAUUGAGCUUGACAUUUUGCCUUAUUCUUGCGCGUUCGACCGCUGGUUGGUGGCCGCACACCCUUACGUUAUCUGCCUGGCCUAUGUGAACAGCUGCCUGAACCCGCUGCUUUAUGCCUGCUGUGACCCUACUUUCCGACGGCGCUGCAGACGUGUGGUCAGACUCGUUUGGAGAAGAUGUGAAAAAGAAACAGGUGAAGAGAAGGAGAAGGACACCGGUACCAGAGAUGAAAUGGAAGUGGAUGACGAUGGUGAGGGGGCGAAGACUUGAGGAAUUAAGCACAAAGAUAUUC